AUGCGUAGACUAAUAUCCACCCUAGACUUUAUGAUCAGGGGAGACGAAAUGAAGGGCUAUAGCCCCGAAAUUCAUAGAUUCAACGCCAGCUGCUUCGCCGAGGAUGUCAAAGUCGAUGGUCCUGAUUUGGCGUGUGUUUUCACUGAUGCGGGACCACUUGGAAGGGAAAGGGGCAUGACUGCGGCGUUGGAAACCGCUACUAAUGGGACUGCUGUGCCGGGUAGUGGGAUGAGUGGUAUUGCUCUUAGGACUCAUUAUGGGUUUAUUGAUGCGGGUGAUAAGUAAGUAGUCCCUUAUACUGUAGCUGCAAGCUCUUGACUAUUAUCCUCAACCAGAAGAAAGGACCGUGUGAGCAAUUGUAAAGUGGAAAGGUGACUAAUCAGAUUCUCUCUAGGACACAAAGAUGGACGUACAUUGGUAAUAAGACUAUUGUAUACGGAGAGACAGCUUUCAAGAUCCCCACUACCGAUUUCCUUACUGCAAAGAUGUUGGAAUUGCAGUGACGAUAUAUUGGACAUUGAACUAGUUAUAUUGUAUAGUAGAGCCACUUGCUCGAGUACCAUGAGUACUCAAACGCUUUCACUCCUUUAGCUUAGAAUACCGUCGAUUAUUAUACCACUGGUUGC